AUUGAUCAAAUUUUUCUGCAAUAAAAAGUCAAGGAGCACAAAAGGCUGAACCAGUUUUUAUUCAACUUUCAAUCUGAUGUGGUCGUAAUAUUUUGACCAAAACCUGGAUCUUUAAAUGAAACAACAAACAACAUAGAAAUUGAUUUUGAUCACACGCUCAGUUAGAUUAGUGGAUUCUGUAUAAUCUUGAAUUUUGGAAAUGUCUCUCUUUUACGGAUUGGAUAAUUAUAAAUGACCAAAAUAAAGGCAACUUAACUGAAUAUGUUAAGUAUGUUUUCUUUAAUAUUAUGUACUAAUUAAAAGCCCUGGAAAGCAUUAAACAAUACAGAAUCAAAGCCUAACUAUCCAACUCAGGAACAAGCUGGCCCACAUUUAUGCAGCAGCUCUGAAAAUAAUCCGCUUAGGUGAUUACGAGCCCGUACAGGCUACAUGUGAACAAGCAACGAUAAGAACAGCAGAAAUCAUCUCCCCUGACUGUAGACACCUGCUGCUCUCUGAAUAUGAGCAGUAGGUGUCAAUAGGAUGGAGGCCACAGUGUAGGACCAACAGACUGACUGUCAUUUGUUUCACCCUCAAUCAGACGGAGCUCCAGUAAAAACUUUCACUCCACAUAUUAUACCCUCAAUUUGUUGAUUGCUUUGAACCAGAGUUUUAUCGUUGUGUGUUGUUUACAGUUUUCAUUGGCAACUGUGCAGCAUUUUGACCAAGACAAAUUUCACACUGGGAUGAUAAAGUCUAUUCUAUUCCAUUUCCCAGCCUGGAACAAUUUAGCAAAAAUAAAGAAAAUACAUACAAGGUUUCCCCCAGAAAACUUGCUAAGCUCAGAGGUAGGGGGCCCCAGGGCAGUCCAUUAGCGGCCCACUGUGUUUUUGUGUUAAAAGUUACAAUAAUUCUAACAUGCAUGAGCAGGCAUCAUAUUUUGGGAACUUAUGCCAGUUCAUUGCGUAUGAACCUAGCUUAAUCCGUCUUUAUUGGUAGUGGUGCAUAAAAAGCCCAAUAUAAAAUAAGCAAACUAUGCUUAGCCCCAUAUGGGUGAGUGGGAGGUGGGGGGAAGUAAAGCCUGGUGGCCCACCAGGCUUAUAAUCCACUAGGGGAAACGUUGCAUACAACACCGCAGCAUGUUGACUCCCAAAAAGCUGCAUUUUUUUUUUUUUUAUAAAUGUCACAUAAUAGGGAAGAACUCAAAUGCAACAAGGAGGCUGGCAGGUGAAAAUAAACAAUUUUACUUAAGAAAAAAGAAAAAUAAUAAUAAUAACGUCCACCAAGGGUUACAAAAUAAUAACCCCCAAGAAAACCUCAGAAGGAGCCAGAAUUAAACCAAAUUAAAGCAAAACCCAAAAUCGAAAUCAGUCAAAUUGUGUGGCACUCCAGACAAAGGUGUGUAAAACGUCUAUAAAUAUAUUUGUCUAUCAUUGUAGUGCUGUGAUUUCACACAAGAAAUUUGUAAUUUUAUUAUAUUUAAAUAGUAAAAUAAAAAAUAGAUUCUUCUUCUUUCUUUAAUCAUCACUGCUUUGAUUUUUAUACAACUCUUGCUGUAAAAACAAUACCAGUAUGCGUCACAAAAAUAAGAAAUUUGUCAUUUUGAUGCAUUAAUUUGAGCUAAUUUAUAACAUGUAGAUAGUUAUUGAGUCUCAGUUUAGGGUAACCAGUUCGAUAAAAGAAUAAAUUGCUUGUACAUAGAUGAUGCAAUGUUUUAUGUUUUGAUCUCGGAGGAACAAAACUACUGCUUACGUGCUGUGAAGUUAUUGGUGCACAGGUGAAGAGGAUGUGACUUUCUCUCACAGAAGAACAAAUAUAAAGCUGCAGUUUUACUGCUCAGUGCAAUUGAAUGCCAUUCAGACCCAAACAUGUAAACAGAUUUAAGUCACCAGCUCAGAUCAAGUUGUUUCAACAUGAAUUUCUCUCUUGUUACAUCGAUUUAUCUGUCUGCUUACUAUGGAAUGGAGGAGCUCAAGUCCAUGUAUUUCUGCAUUUUCUUCAUCGUGUACCUCACCAUCAUCACUGAGAAUGUCUUGCUGAUCAGGGUGGUUUAUAGUGAAAAAUCCCUGCAUCAGCCAAUGUAUGUGCUUUUGUGUAAUUUGGCCGUGAAUGAGCUGAUAGGAAGCACCGCCUUGCUGCCGGCGAUGCUGAUCAACAUUCUCUCUCAUACACACGAGGUUUCUGUUUCUUUUUGCCAGACGCAGGUCUUUGUUAUACACACGUAUGUCAUCACCGAAUUCACUAUUCUCGCGGUGAUGAGCUAUGACAGAUACGUAGCCGUUUGUCAUCCACUGUCCUACCAUGUGAUCAUGUCUCAGAGGAUAGUGAAGCUGAUUGUUUUUAUGUGGCUUUACCCCAUCCUGGCACUGAGCGUGGUUUUUGUUUUUACUCUCCAGCUGCCAUAUUGUGGCCGGACCAUAGACAAGCUUUACUGCCUCAACUACUUGCUUGUGCAGCUUGCAUGCACAAGUACAUUUAUAGUUAACAUCAUCGGUCUGCGGUCUGCAGCUCUCUACACGGCUCCUCAGCUGAUCAUGAUCUUUUACUCAUACGGACACAUCCUGAAGAUUUGCAAAAUGUCGUUCAGCAAAUCCAAAUUCAAGGCCCUCCGUACUUGCAUUCCCCAUCUACUGGCUGUAAUCAACUACGCCACUGGGUGCUUUUUUGAGCUGGCACAAGGUCGUCUCGACAACAGGCACAUGUCUUAUCACACUAAGCUCUUUCUGUCCCUGUACUGUUUGAUAUUCCCACCGCUCCUAAAUGCCCUAAUAUACGGCUUGGGCACACAAAUAAUAAGAGUCCGACUCAUCAAGCUUUUCACCAAGUGCAAGUGACGUAGUCGAGAUAUUUUAGAUUUGGGUUCAUUAAAUAUGCAUCCAGCAUGGUGUUCAGAAAUCCUCCAAAUGUGGCUUUAUUUUAGGACUUAUAUUUACAGCAGUCUGAAGUCAUGUUAAAUAAUGUUGUUUAUUUUUGAGUGCUGUUAAUCUUGCCAGUUUUUAAAUGUUUAUCCACAAUUUAGCUUUAUUUCAGUAGAUGCACAAAUGCUUUUAAAAACACACUGUCCCCUCUGAUAUUUAGCACACCUUUUUCAUCCUGUUCAUAGUUUCUGCUGCUUUGAACUCUACACAGAGCAAAGAUUUUAUGAUUUUAUCUCAAGAAGCUUGUAUAAAUAACACAAUGCUUAUGUUUAAGUUUGCAAAGUAUUUUCUGGGAUUAUUUAACAAUAAAGUCGAAUUUUUUCCAUGCUUGAAAUAAUAUUUCACAGUUUCUGCCCUACUCCUUUUGACUUUUUAUAGAUAUUAUUAUUGUUAUCACAGAAUCAUUUAAAACCUAUUAAAAAUUUUCUCUAAUAAUUAGCAAAGUCUGACAUUAUUAAAAACUAAAGAGUACUUUAUUUUCCAGAGAAAUCUAACUAUCUCUAUCAAAACUAAAAGUCUGUUUCAAGUUUAUUGAGUCUUAAGUUUUGAUUUUCUGUCCUCCAAGUUAGAAAACGAGUCCUGACGUUAUCGAUAAUGAUAAAGGUCACAGAGUAGAAAGCUCAGAUUAGAAAAAGUGGAAAGAAGAAAACAGGCUUAUACUAUAAUCACAAUAUUUACCAAUAUUGCUGCAAUUGUAAGAUUUUUCAAUAUUGUGCAGGCCUGACUGCGAUAAGUAAUUCCAAUAUAAUCAUUUAUUUGAAAUUUUAGGGUCAAUAUUGGGAUUCUAAGAAUAAAUUGUGUUUUUAUAACACUGUGUAUUUUUCUAAUUUUAGGUUAUUAAUUAAUAUUUUAUUCUACAUCUGUUAAGCAACAAGAUUUUUGUCAGUUUCUCUUUGACCUGAAUGAGAUAAAACAACAAGCCUUGUUUAUGCCUGUACCAUAUUUUAAUCAAUAGAAAAAAAAAUAUGUAGCUACAAUAUGGCACAGGUGUGCAAUAUGAGUCAGCUUCAAAUGGCAUGAUAAUGUACUUUAGUCUCACAGAGCAUGCUUCUCCAUUAAACACUUACUAAAUACAAUUUUUUUUAAUGGUUAACAUUAAUAGAGAAAAAAAGAAAAAUCACAUUUCUGGGCCAGUGCCUAUAAUAAGUACAGAAAACACACUGUGCUGGUUGUGUGCAUGAGAUGUGGGUGGAAGGGUGGGAGCAAUAACACCAGUAUCCUCUGAACCAAAUGCACUUAGAAUUACAAAACUGCCAUACAAACAAUCAGAUAGACAGCAUGCAUACAAAAAUAGACAACUAUUCUUAUCGCGCCAUUGUAAUAUACAUAAGUUCAUUAUUGCCAGGCGUCACAUUUUAAUGCCUCUGCUCUGAGGAAAUAGCUUUCUCUCUAAAUCUUCUGUCUUUUCUCUCUUUUUAAAAAGGUACAAUGUACAUUCACUAUCACUGAGGCACAGCACUUGAUGUACGGAUUAAAUAGGUAGCCAAAAAAAAAAAA